CAACCAAUUUCCCUCCAGAGUGCGUAACCUAAUGUACAUUUUUUUUCUUCAUAACAGAAUGGAGAUGAAACUCCACGUUCAUUUAGCCCAAUAGAAACAAACUCCAGAGGAGAACUUGAUAAAUCUACCGACAAUUUACACCAAGAACAAGGAAAAGACCUAGAUGGGUUCGUUUCACCAAGAAGUGAAAAUGCCACAACACCAGAUGAAGGUGAAGUGAAAAAGACAAAAAAGAAAAAGAAAAAGAGAACGAGACAAAAUAAAACGGCACCUUUAGAAGAAGAGCAGAACUAUGAGUUACCCCCUCUGAAGGCAUGGGACUCUCCUCCCAGCACAUUAAAUGGUACGCUUAAUGGAUUUCCAGUAAGCGGAGGUGUGUCUCCUAGGAGACUGGAACCAUUAGGACCACCAAGAUUACCAGGUAUACUGUGUUUGUGUUUCUUUGGUGCUUCCAUAGAAUUGCAUAGCUCACCGACAUGGAGGUGAAUUAUGGUGGAUACUUAGGGAGCGCUGGAUUUGCGGGGUAAAUAUCCACCACCUUCACUGUCACUGAAGUGAAUAAUUUUUUUUUUCUUAUAUACCACACGCGUUGAAUAACUAGGGAUCCUAAAAACUACUUUAUUUUGGCAAAUGCUUGGAAUUUUUACAAUCUUUCGCACCACGCCAUGCAUAUUAACAUGCACAAAGUAACAUGGUAACUCGGAUGCUUCUCACCUUAAAGCUAGCCAAUCAGUGUGCAUUAAAAGCACUAUUCGCUUGUGUGGUAUUUAGUAGUAAUUAUCAUUACUAUUGCAACAGUUUUAGGGUGAUUCGCACCAGUUUUGCACUAAUAGUUGAAACCACCACUCUAUCAGCUUUUGCAAAUGGUAACAGUGUGAAACAAAGACCCAGUUUUUGGUCAUAAGGCGUUAUGAUCAUACUCUUUGUAUUUCCUGAGGUUUGCAUACCUGUUGUAAAACAGGUUAAAUAUGUCCUUAUUUUUACUCAAGAAAUUUUAAUUUAAAAGUCUGAGAUGGCCUCCUCCUCCAUAAUAAGAAAAUGUGCUUGAUAAAUUUUUAUAGUUUUUUUUUUAUUAUAUAUCUGAUUAUGUUGUGGUAUUUUAAAAAAGGGUAUAUCCUCCAGUGUUUUUAUUGUCAAAAAUACGCAACCAAUCAUAUGGUUUUUCUUCGUCUUUCAGGUAGCAGAGGUUUCACCUCACCGUCAAUACCAGAGGGUGACGAGGUGUGAAUAAUUUUUGUUAGAUUAACAAAUUAGAACUGAAAGAAUUUUUAAAAUUUUUUUUUUCACAAGUUUUAAUUUGCUGGUCAGCAAUCACCUCUGAGUAUUUCGAUGUAAGCUGAUAAGUUGGCCAAAAUUUUGUAAAAAGUCAAUUUUCCAGUCCUUACCUUAGCCUGCAAACGCAGACAUAUUUCUGGCCGUCGCUUCUUUCCACCCACCUUUUCGGUGGAAAGGAGCGAUGAGUGGAAAUACAUCUGCGUUUGCAGGCUAGUCCUUACACAUGCCUAGUACGUAAUCCAUCCUCAGAGAAAAUUGCAACGAAAUUCAAGUUGAAUUUGUCUGAGAUGCCUGGAAAUGCAUAGGUCUUCAUCAAUACCUUUGCUUUCAUGAGUUUAAUAGUGUAAAUAAUGUUUUUCAAUGUUGUAACUGCAUAAUCAUGAAAUGUUAUUUCUUUUUUCCUUCUAGGAAUCAAAUUCUCUUCCACCUUUAAGAGGAAUGUCAUGGACUAGAAUUAAACCCAACAGUGAGGACAAUGAUUUAGUAACAUAAAAUAAAUUUGUAGUAGAGCAAUAUUUAUUAUAGCAGAGCAAGUGAUUUUAGUAAUUGCAAUUUAUUAGUGCCUCGUACAAAGAAGAAUCACAAUAAUGAGGGGACACCCUCUAUUUAAAAAGUAAUUUCUCCGAAGAACAGUAGUGUGACCAAAUUAUCAGGUUUCCUCCAGUACGUUGUUAUCCGGUACAGCCCGCUUUAAAAGUUAUCCUUGAUGAUAAUACUUUAGGUUGAUACUGAAUCAGUGAAUGGGUUUUUACCGUUUAUAAGCCUCACAACUCCAAUGCCAUGCCAAACCAUAUGACAUGCAUCAACUUCCCAAAAAAUUAGAUACGCAGAACGUGUGAACACAUUAGUACUUAUGUUGGCUAAAAUAUGGUUUAGUUGCUUGGUUUGUUGGGUUAAGAGACCUUUACCAAGCGAAAAAAAAAUUAUCUUCUAGUGCAACCCGCUUGCCCGUAAUGUGGAAUCCAAGAAAGACUUGAAUAUGUGUUUUUUUUUCUUGUCAUUGCCUCCUGGCAAGGCUGAGCCUACUUGGUGAGAAGUGUCUUACAGCAUUUCUCAAAAUAAGCUAUGGCAAACAGCCAUUGCUUGUUUAACCCACUAAUAAACUAUGGCUUAUGGGUUGGUUAAGUACCUGUCAGUUUCCUUGAGGGCAAGUCUGUUAGAUCCAUUCUGUAAAUGAGUUGUUACGAGUUUUGUCGUCAGAAUCUACUUAGCGUUCGGUUGUUAGCUUUGUUGCUCUAACUUUAACCAUUUGAUUUAUGACAAAGAAAACAGUUUUAAGUUUUCCGAAAUUUUCAUCUGUGCGUCAUUUAUUAAGUAUCCAUAUGAGAACCUAGUGUGACUCCUGCUGGACAACGAGUCAAAAAAUAGUCCUUUAAGGUGUUCAAGGCACGUUUGUCACUAACCUCUCUUGAGGAAACAGUGUGCGCUAGUGAGUCUUGUUUCUAUGGAUAUUACGUUUGAGAUCUCAAUUAGCUUUGAGAAAAGGAAAGUACAGUAAUCUUAUUUAUUAGAAGAUUUAAUAAAACGACUCAAGACAUUGUCAUUGUAAAUUUUUACAUACAUUUUAUCAAAAGUGUAAAUAAAAACCGGACUAUUAAAGGAAAUUCUCUUUCAAGCCAU